AGGCAUAAUGGUUAUGAAAGCUUCUGUAGAUGAUGAUGAUUCAGGAUGGGAACUCACUAUCCCUGAAAAAAUGGAAAAAAGCAAUACAAGCUGGGUGGACAUAACCCAAGAUUUUGAAGAAGCUUGUCGAGAUGGGGGACUAAAAAGCCUGUUGGAAGCUCUGAAUUUCUGAGUGGGACCCUUUGUGAACACCAGUAUGGAGUGAUCUGACUUGGCUUUCAUGUUGGAGAACCUUGGAUAUCAAUUUUGUAGCUCUUUCUUCUUGGAAAACUCUGUUCUCUAGAGAAAACUUGUCUAAUCUGCCUUGAGGUUGAAGAUCUGACAUGACUGCUCAUGACUUAACAAAUUAAAGUUGGGAGAACUGCUUCAUGAUAAACUAUUUGGUCUUUUCGAAGCCAUGUCUGCUAUUGAAAUGAUGGAUCCCAAGAUGGAUGCUGGCAUGAUUGGCAAUCAAGUUAAUCGAAAAGUUCUCAAUUUUGAACAAGCUAUUAAGGAUGGCACCAUUAAAAUUAAAGACCUUACCUUGCCUGAGUUGAUAGGGAUAAUGGAUACAUGUUUUUGCUGUUUGAUAACAUGGUUAGAAGGCCAUUCCUUGGCACAGACAGUUUUUACGUGCCUUUACAUUCAUAAUCCAGACUUUAUAGAAGAUCCUGCCAUGAAAGCUUUUGCUCUGGGAAUCUUGAAAAUUUGUGACAUUGCAAGGGAAAAAGUAAAUAAAGCUGCUGUUUUUGAAGAGGAAGAUUUUCAGUCAAUGACUUAUGGAUUUAAAAUGGCUAACAGUGUGACAGAUCUUCGAGUUACAGGCAUGCUAAAAGAUGUGGAAGAUGACAUGCAAAGAAGAGUAAAGAGUACUCGAAGUCGACAAGGAGAAGAAAGAGAUCCAGAAGUUGAACUAGAACACCAACAAUGUUUAGCAGUAUUCAGCAGAGUGAAAUUUACUCGUGUAUUACUGACAGUGCUUAUAGCCUUUACUAAAAAAGAGACCAGUGCUGUUGCAGAAGCUCAAAAAUUGAUGGUUCAAGCAGCAGAUCUUCUUUCUGCCAUUCAUAAUUCAUUGCAUCAUGGCAUCCAGGCCCAGAAUGAUACUACAAAAGGAGAUCAUCCAAUUAUGAUGGGUUUUGAGCCACUUGUUAACCAGAGGCUACUUCCACCCACCUUCCCUCGAUAUGCAAAAAUAAUUAAAAGGGAAGAAAUGGUCAAUUAUUUUGCAAGAUUGAUAGAUAGAAUAAAAACCGUGUGUGAGGUGGUGAAUUUAACAAAUUUACAUUGUAUUCUGGAUUUUUUCUGUGAAUUUAGUGAACAAUCACCUUGUGUUCUUUCAAGAUCUUUGUUACAGACCACAUUCCUGGUAGAUAACAAAAAGGUCUUUGGAACUCAUCUCAUGCAAGAUAUGGUGAAAGAUGCACUUCGGUCUUUUGUCAGUCCUCCGGUGCUUUCCCCCAAAUGCUGCCUAUAUAAUAAUCACCAGGCUAAGGACUGUAUUGACUCCUUUGUUACUCACUGUGUUCGGCCAUUUUGUAGUCUUAUUCAGAUCCAUGGACAUAACAGAGCUCGACAGAGAGAUAAGCUUGGUCAUAUUCUUGAGGAAUUUGCUACUUUGCAGGAUGAGGCAGAGAAGGUUGAUGCAGCACUUCACACUAUGCUGUUGAAACAAGAACCCCAAAGGCAACAUUUGGCCUGUUUAGGAACCUGGGUCCUUUAUCAUAACCUUCGAAUUAUGAUACAGUAUCUUCUAAGUGGCUUUGAAUUGGAACUCUACAGCAUGCAUGAGUACUAUUACAUAUACUGGUAUCUCUCUGAAUUCCUUUAUGCAUGGUUGAUGUCAACAUUGAGUCGUGCCGAUGGUUCUCAAAUGGCAGAGGAAAGGAUAAUGGAAGAACAACAGAAAGGUCGUAGCAGUAAAAAAACAAAGAAAAAAAAGAAAGUUCGCCCAUUGAGCCGAGAGAUCACAAUGAGCCAGGCAUAUCAGAACAUGUGUGCUGGAAUGUUUAAAACCAUGGUAGCAUUUGACAUGGAUGGCAAAGUACGCAAACCCAAGUUUGAACUUGAUAGUGAACAAGUUCGGUAUGAGCACAGGUUUGCUCCAUUCAACAGUGUGAUGACCCCACCGCCAGUGCACUACCUACAGUUCAAGGAAAUGUCUGAUCUCAAUAAAUACAGCCCUCCUCCUCAGUCACCAGAACUGUAUGUGGCAGCUAGUAAGCACUUUCAGCAGGCAAAAAUGAUUUUGGAAAAUAUCCCCAACCCAGACCAUGAGGUCAAUAGAAUUUUAAAGGUUGCCAAACCCAAUUUUGUGGUUAUGAAGUUGUUGGCAGGAGGACACAAAAAAGAGUCAAAGGUCCCUCCUGAAUUUGAUUUCUCUGUUCACAAAUAUUUUCCUGUUGUGAAACUUGUUUGAGAGACUGAAAAGGUGAUAGAAUCUACUUUCAGAUUCUGCUCCCAGAGGUUAUAUCCAUCAGUCUUACCACAUAACGUAAAGUGAAAUGGAUUUCUUGGAUAACAGCCCAUUAUAAGGAAUACUUUUAGUUUGACAGCCUUACAUGAUGUUAAAUGAAAACUGCUGUUUUAAAGUGGUUUAUUAUGUUCCAUGGAUGAAAUUGGUCUUACUGAAUGCAUUGAUGAACGUUAUAUGGUUUUAUUACAGAUUUAAUCAUAAAUCAUUUUUUAUGAAUGAUUGAGUGAAAAUAGUGUUUGUAAAGGAUAAUAAAUUUCUUGACAAAAAAACAGUGCAUCAUUGGAGAUGAAAAAUGGUACCACUUUGUUGAUACGUGUUAAGAACUGAAGGUGUUUGCUCUUUACGAUUUUAGCAGUUCAAAAACAAAUUAUCCAAAAGUAGUUUCAAAUCAAGCAAUUUAUUGAACACUUAGAUGAGACUUUGGCAAAAUUAAUUUAGAAGGUUUUUUAAAAAUCUCUAAGAUACAAAGGGAGGCUAAAUAACAUGGAAAUUGUAUGUGUCAUGACAUAGAUAUAAGAAUACAGACAUUUAAAAGAAAUAUUAACUUUACGAACUCUUAAAAGACUACACAUUGCUUGCUGGUAGCAUUUAAACAGUAGCAAGGUAGAAAUGUAUAUAGAUUGUUAAAUUUUAGGUCUAGAUUUAAAUGUAGCAUAUUCCUUUUCAUUUACUUCAUAUUUAGUUUAAUCCAUGAAACAUUCAAGUGGGGUUCUGUUCAAUAUCCUCUGCUUUGAGAACUUGACUUCAGUCCACCUGUUCCAACAAGUGCUGGGUGCCAGAGGCCCUACCCUUCCUUUGCUGCCUAUUUCUCUUCCUGUUCCUGCUCUGGUGUUUGCGAUGGCAGCUGUCCAGGUAUUUGGAGUCUGCCGUUUUAGGGGAAUAUAUUAGUAGAAUGAGCUACACUGGUUUAAAUUGAUUUUUGUUGUUUAGCCUACACCUAGCAACAGUUUAUUUGGUUUAUGGUAGAGGUUCUGAGUUUUAAAUAUCUUAAUUCUGAUUUGACACCUUUGUGUGUAUUUGCAUUUGCUGAGGAGCAAAUCCAGAACCUAGCCUCAUGUAUGCUAUAGGCAAGUGCUUACUG